UGUUCCUGGAUGAGCAGGCGGCCAGCCAGGUUCUGACCCGGAGGAGACGAGCCAACAGCUUCUUCGAGGAGGUGAAAAAAGGAAACUAUGAGAGGGAGUGUGUCGAAGAGCACUGCAACUGGGAGGAGGCGCGAGAGAUCUUUGAAAACAAAGAAAAAACGGAUGAGUUCUGGGCCAUUUACGUUG